UUAAGACGAUAAUAAACCAAUGCUUGGAAACAAAUGUGUGUUGUGAGUCUAUACGACGUAUACGGUUUUAUAUGGUACGAAAAGUCUCGCUGUUGUAUUAUUAGAAGGAAUUGAGCGACAUGCAGUACUACGAGGUUUUAUAUCUCAUAUUUGUCGCCAACUUGUUGCUAGUAAUAAAAUGUGACAAAAACCUGACUGCAAGAAAUUGCAUUCCCUACAAAGAUAUAUUACCGCAUGGGCAAUGUUUUGAUGCUUUGUCUAAGUAUAAUAUCUACAAUUAUAACAUGGAGGAGCUGAAAAGAACUGAUAAAAUUUUAAGCAUAGUCUUCUCGCUCGUUUCUGGGUGGAAGAAUGCCGAUAACCAUACAAAGAUGAUAGCGAUUAAUAGACAAUUGCGAGAACACCUAGGUAAGACUGCUAAAUCUCAAUAACAAUAAAGGUUGACUGUCUGUGCAGUAAAACCCAUAACAAGAAGAAAAGAGUUAGUUAGAAAUUAGAUAACCAUACAAAGAUGAUAGCGAUUAAUAAAGAAUUGCGAGAACAACUGGGUAAGUCUAAACUUCUAUAACAAUAGAGGUUGACUGUUUCUGUAGUGAAAUCCAUAAUAAUAAGAAAACUGUACUAAGCGGUCCAAUCGGAUGUGAGACACGAUUUACACGCACUAAACGCGUAACUGGAUGUGCGACGCGGCAUCUCCUGGCUUUAAGUCUAUUGCAUUCAGUUGAUCUAAUUUAGAUGUAUGCAAUAAUUUUCCCAAAUUAAAAACAAACUUGGAAAAUAUCACUGAAGUAUACAAAGAGAAGAUCUCAUUAUUCUUUAGUUGCUUCUCUUAUGAUAUCAAGUGGAUUCUUUGUCAUCUAACACAUUCAGUGUGCUUACAAUCAAAUGUUGAUGCUUCAGUUAUACUAUCUCCACCUUGUAAAUCAACCUGCGUCAAUGACAAGUGUUUUGCUUUGUUCAAAUAUGUUUACAAUCUGAUGAAAGAUUUACGUAGUAUCUGCCAUGUAUCAAUGCCUCACUUGAAUGACAGCAGAUUUAAUCUAAAUUGCCAAGCUUUACCUGAAGCGAAUCUUACUUAUUUUGAACGUUGUCAAAACAAAGAAAACCGGAACAUCCUGCACACGCGAUACUGUCACAAUUAUACCCGAAGAGACGACAGCUUUGUUGGAGAAAUCGGCGAGGGAUGCGUAUUUUGGAGUGAAGCAAACCCGUACGUAUCAGCGAGCGUUUAUCCAACUUUGUAUAAGCAAUAUUGUAGAAAUCCACAGGGAUUUUCCACCACACCAUGGUAUUACACUGAUAUGCGAAGCCGUGCCUGGAAAACGUGUGGAUACUUAGAGAAAUGUUUGACACCUGAAGAAAAAAGUAAGUACAUAUUUUUCCCUCGAUCAUACUUGAUUUUAAAGGUACACUAAUUGAAGAGGGAGCACAAAGCUGCGGAUAGAUUUUUGCUCCUACAAGCCACAAAAGAAAAUUUCAACAAAUCGAAAAACGAAUUUCAUAGAACUUGCACUUUUAUAUUAAGUUGUGUCAAAAUUUUUAAAAGUGUAAAAUCAUAUCACAUGGCUUAAUAUAAACAGUAUGGACAGCAUCAGAAUGUUAAUUGGGCACAAAGCGUCCUUAACAAAACAUUUCAUAAUAACAGGCUAGCCCUAUGAUUUGUAGGAUAAUCCACUUAUUACAGAGAAAGUAUGUUUCACGAAAUCAGGUUUAAAGUUCGUAAAUAUAUUUUUACCUCAUCAAAAGGCAAGAAUAAGAAUGCCACUUGUCUAAAAGUCUUUUCCACAAUACUCCAUAACAGUAAUACUUUCUUUUCUUUAUAUUUAUGUACUGGACACCUGCCUGCCAAAUCUUUGAAUCCUAUGUAUUAAAACUUAUUUCUUAAAAUGAAUCACAUAAUCACAGAAAUAAGUUUUUAAUGCAGUACUUGUUCAGACCUUAACCAGGUUUUAACCAGCAAGUACAUACACAAAUCCCAAACCCUCUUAAAGUUUGAGUUGCCAAUCAGUAUUGCUUUUACCUAUAAUAAUCUAAAAUAAGUUCCAAGACACGUAAGGUUCACUAAGACUGCAGACAUGUCUUCUCGAGACAGCGUGAAGUAGUAAGCAUAUAAUGUGAUUUCAUUUGCCUAUAAGCUAUAACCACAGCUGUAAUAUUGCUUGUCUAAUAAUAUUUUUAGAUAAAGAACUUUGGACAAAGAAGUAAGCAUAUUAUUUGUCUAUAUUAUAAUACCCGUAUACGUCUGU